AUGGAAGGGAACGGAAGCUACGCUGAUAAGACAAGAGUCUUGGAUAUCAAACCGUUGCGUACUCUAAGACCUGUUUUCCCUAGUGGGAAUCAAGCUCCUCCUUUUGUCUGUGCACCUCCUUUUGGACCUUUUCCUCCUGGAUUCUCACCAUUCUAUCCGUUUAGCUCCUCUCAAGUGAAUGGACAAACACCAGAUCUCUCUCAAGCUCAAAACCCACCUCAACGUCAGCCUCAGAUUCCACCUCAAACUCAACAUCAGCCUCAGAUUCCACCUCAAACUCAACACCAGCUUCAGAUUCCACCUCAACAGCAGCCUCAAAAUCUAACGGAACCUUCGUUGGUUACUUCUCUGAGGCCAUUUAGGUCUUCUGAGACGUCCAAUGGCGAAAAUGAGCCUGAGGGUUCAAUUGUGAAGAGGAAGACCCCUAAAAAGCGUCAGCUUUCUAGUGUGAAUUUCGAGAGUGGGAUUAGCGUGGCUGAAAGAGACAAUGGUAAUAGGGAGCUGGUGAUGAGUGUUCUUAUGCGGUUUGAUGCCUUGAGAAGAAGGUUUGCACAGCUAGAGGAUGCGGAGGACGCGAUACAAAAGUGGAAGACUGCUAAGUCGUUUACAAGGAAAGGACUGAUUCUCCCUGAUCUCACUUCCGGUGUUGAAAACAUAGCUGUUUCACUUGUAAAUGAAGUUGAUAACGAGAAUGGGCCUGGUUAUUUCACCUAUUCCACAACGGUUAAAUACUCCAUGUCUUUUCAGCUGACGCAGCCUUCUAGUGGAUGCGCUUGUGGCAACAAAUGCAAACCAGGGAACUUGGAAUGUCACUGCAUAAGGAAAAACGGAGCUAUGGAAGGAAACUUUGGAAGCUACACUGAUAAGACAAGAGUGUUGGAUAUCAAACCAUUGCGUACUCUAAGACCUGUUUUCCCUAGUGGGAAUCAAGCUCCUCCUUUUGUCUGUGCACCUCCUUUCGGUCCUUUUCCUCCUGGAUUCUCACCAUUCUAUCCGUUUAGUUCUUCUCAAGCAGCUAAUCAACACACUCCAGAUCUCAACCAAGCUCAGUAUCCAACGCCACAUCAACAUCAGGCUCAGAACAACUCAGAGCCUUCAUUGGUUACUCCUCUGAGGACAUUCAGGUCUCCUGAUACUACUACUUCUAAUGGCGACGUGGAGCCUGAGGGUUCAACUGUGAAGAGAAAGAUCGCUAAAAAGCGUACUCCACUUGUUUGUCCUGAGAAUUUUGACAGUGGGAUUAGCGUGGCUGAAAAAGAGAAUGGCAAUAGGAAGCUGGUGAUGAGUGUUGUUAUGCGUUUUGAUGCGUUGAGAAGAAGGUUUUCACAGCUGGAAGAUGCUAAGGAAACAGUUAGCGGGGCUAUCAAACGCCCUGAUUUAAAAGCAGGAUCUACUUCGGGUGUGCCUUCAAGGGAAGGACUCAUUCUCUCUGAUCUCACUUCCGGGGUUGAAAGCAUAGGCGUUUCACUUGUGAAUGACGUUGAUGCUGAGAAUGGCCCUCCUUAUUUCACCUACUCCACAACUGUGAACUACUCAGAUUCGUUUAAGCUGACACAGCCUUCUAUUGGGUGUGAUUGUAGCAACUCUUGCAAGCCAGGGAACUUGAACUGUCAUUGCAUAAGGAAAAAUGGAGGGAUGAUCUUUUGA